AUCACAAAAGCAUCGGCCAUUUUUCUUCCAUAAUCAGCUAAGUAUUCGCAAUUCAAAGCCAUAAAAAAUCAUUUGUUCAUUAUAUUCGAUCCUUGGGCUCUUGAAAUGACAAGUUCGGGUAUGAAUUGCGAGAAGGAUAUCGUCCGGCCUGUGGUCAACUUCUCCCCUAGUUUAUGGGGUGACUGCUUCUACUCUUACUCCAUUGACAAUAAGGUUGGGGAAGCAUAUGCAAAAGAGAUUGAGAGUUUGAAGAAGCAAACAAGAGAAAUGUUGCUUGGUUUAAGAGACGAAAAGGUGAUUGAGAAACUAAAACUUAUCGACUUACUAGAACGACUUGGUGUAGCAUACCAUUUUGAGAAAGAGAUUGAAGAACAACUCGACCAUAUUUUCUUAUCGUAUGAUCCCCAACACUCUUACGAUGAUUUGGAAAUGGCUUCUCUUCAAUUUCGCUUAUUGAGGCAACAUGGUUUCAAGAUAUCUUCAGAUAUAUUCAACAAUUUUGUUGAUAGCAGCGGAAAAUUCAAAGACACCUCUGAUGUCAAUGGUCUAUUGAGUUUAUAUGAAGCUUCAUUUGCAAGCACACAUGGUGAUGAUGUUUGUGAUGAUGCUCUCGCCUUUGCCACGACUCGUCUUAAAUUUGAAGUUCCGCAUUUGAAAUCCAACACCACUUUGGAGAAGCUUGUGUUACAUGCCCUUGAACAACCAUUGCACACCGGCAUGCCCAGAAUUGAAACACGUUUUUUUAUUUCAGUAUAUGCACAAGAAGAGGACCGAUUUAGGAAUGACGUGCUCCUUCGCUUUGCCAAGUUAGAUUUUAAUUUGUUGCAGAUGUUGCACAAACAAGAACUUAGUGAAGUGUCAAGGUGGUGGAAAGAGCUUGACUUUAUGACAACGCUUCCUUAUGCAAGAGACCGAGCAGUUGAAUGUUAUUUUUGGGCACUUGGAGUGUACUUUGAGCCUCAAUAUUCUAAGGCCCGAGUUAUGCUUGCUAAGAAUAUUUUAAUUGUUUCAAUUCUAGAUGAUACUUAUGAUGCUUAUGGUACCAUAGAAGAACUCGCUGUCUACACAGAUGCUAUAUGCAAGUGGGAUAGUAGUGAAAUAGACCGACUUCCAAGUUAUAUGAAGUUAAGUUACAAAGCGUUAUUAGACCUUUUUGAAAAGGAUGUCAUUGAGCUCUCUAAGGAUGAAAAAACUUAUGCGGUUAAUCACGCGAUGGAAAGAAUGAAGGAGCUUGUGAAAUGUUACUUUAUUGAAGCAAAUUGGUUCAUUGAAGGACAUAAGCCUGCAUUUGCCGAAUACUUGAGAAAUGCGUUCGUUAGUUGCACUUAUUAUUUGCUUGCCACAAUUUCAUGCUAUGGUGUGAAGUUGGCUGAUGAAAAGGUAUUUGAAUGGCUUAGCAAAAAUCCAAAAAUUCUUGAGGCAAGCGUAACUUUGUGCAGGAUUAUCGACGAUAUAGCUACCUUUGAUGUUGAGAAAGAGAGAGGACAAGUUACAACAGGUAUCGAAUGUUACAUGAGUGAAUAUCAUGUAUCUCUCGAAGAGGCAAAAGAGACAUUCCAAAAGAUGGCCAAACUUGCAUUGAAAGAUUUGAAUGAAGGAAUUCUUAAGCCAACACCCGUUUCAGGAGAUAUUCUCUGGCGCAUUGUGAACCUUGCUCGAAUUGUCUUUGUUACGUACCAGCACAACCAAGACGGAUAUACGCAUCCAGAAAAAGUCUUGAAACCUCAUAUCACAGCAUUGCUCAUUGAUUCAGUUCCACUCUAAUAAAUUACGGAGUAAUUGUUAUAUCUAUGAGUUCAACUGUAAUGUUGGGGUGCCUCCGUGCAGUGCCCGCAUUUUACAAAUUCGUUUUUUUUUAAUUCAGUUAUGUGUAUGUAUGUGGAAUCUUGCAUUCUACUUUAUAAAAUGGUAGAACUCGUUCUUCUUGAUCCAUGUAAGUCUAAUAAAAUUCAAGUAACAUGUGUUUCAUAUUUAA